AUGCGCCUCAACUUUGCACCCAUUGCCAUACUAGCAGGCUGUCGGCUGGCAGCGGCUAGCUGUUCAGGACCUCGUGUCCAAAUUGGCAACGGCACCGUCAUUGGGGAGACGAAGAAUUCGAUUGAUACAUUCCUGGGAAUUCCUUAUGCGGAUCCUCCUGUGCGCUUCAGUCGGCCUCAUCAUGUUUCUUCGACGUUCGAAAAUGGCGUCUUUAACGCCACGGGAAUUCCACCUAGCUGUCCCCAGCAUCCGAUGAUCGUCCACCCGGAUGCUCUCGCCCAACUGCCGCCAGAAAUCACCGCCAUGUUUGGGGAGAUUGUAGGUCAUCCCACGUUGGUCAGCGAGGACUGCCUCAAUCUUAUCAUCCGUCGGCCUUCAUUCGCAACACCUGAGUCAAAGCUGCCCGUGCUCUUUUGGAUUUAUGGUGGAGCCUAUGAGAACGGCUUCACUCUCGCCUACGACUGGUCUGACCUCAUCGCACGAUCUGUGGCUCUGGACCAACCCAUCAUUGUCGUCGGAGUGAACUACCGCGUCGGCGCCUGGGGAUUCCUCCCUGGCAAAGAAAUACAGGUCGAUGGCAGUUCAAAUCUUGGUCUGCGCGAUCAGCGACUGGCCCUACAGUGGGUGGCCGAGAACAUCGAGGCCUUUGGCGGCGACCCCGACAAAGUUACAAUUUGGGGCGAGUCAGCUGGGGCAUUCUCCGUCUUCAAUCAUCUGAUCGUCAAUGACGCCGAUCAUACCUACAACGGUCGAGAACUUUUCAGGGGCGCCAUCAUGAAUUCGGGAUCAUCAGUACCCGCGCAGGCUAUUGACAGUCCGACCGCCCAGCGUAUUUACAACUUGCUCGUGUCUGCUGCUGGGUGCGAGUCUUCAGACGAUAGCCUAUCGUGUCUGCGUGAGAUACCUUACCCACAACUUCUUAAUGCAACAGCCGCUAUCCCGGGACAACUUGGAACAGAUGGAGUGAGACUAAACUUUGUCCCGCGACCUGAUAUCGAGGACACGUUCUUCCCAUAUUCUCCUGAGAUUCCACUCCAAGCUUCAGGGCCCAAAGUUGCGCCAGUACCAAUCAUCUCAGGCACGCAGGAUGAUGAGGGCACCUUCUUCUCUCUCAUCAUGCUCAAUGCAACCAACACUUCCUCGACCGUCCAUGAAAUGCAAGGGUUCUUCCCCACGGCUCCAGUUGAGAGUCUUGAGCACAUCGUAGAACGCUACUCCGAAGAUCCGUCCUUUGGGUCACCAUACGACACAGGGUCAGAUGAUCAAUUAUAUCGGGGUUUCAAGCGCAACGCCGCAAUCGUUGGUGAUGUCGUCUUUCAAUUCCAGAAGCGCGCAUUCCUUCACUCCAUUGCUGACAAGCUGCCAGUGUGGGAUUAUCGAAGCACCUACACUAAAGGUGCCCCGUUUUUGGGCACUUUCCAUGGCUCCGACCUUGGUCUUCUUCGGAGUGGCGAGCCGAAGGGAUCUUACGACGCCAUUCUGCAGUACUAUAUCAGCUUUGUCAAUUUUCUGGAUCCCAACGCACUCAGCCAUGAUCCCAGUUCAAGGACGCUACUGAAUUGGCCCACGUGGAGCAGAGACCGCCAGGAGAUGAUGCAGUUCACCGACAAUACUACCGUGGUCUCGGUCGACAACAGAAAUGAAGCUGCAUUUGACUACUUUGUCCAGGUUCAAUCAGAGUUCCUGCUAUAG